AUGCUGAAGAGAAAUAUCGACGUGAAAUUAUAUAUCUCUCGAACGCAGGGCGUCCAUGUUGAAUUCCUAGUGUGGGUGUCACAUCCCGGCUGCGGGAUGCACCUGAGGCCGCCCGGAAAGAACGUUGGCCCUGACAAACAAAAGAGCAUCGGUGAUAACAGAGAACGUGAUUUGAUACAACCAAUUAUGGUAACUGAUAUGAAUGCGAGACGCCACUAUGAGAGAGAUAUUCCUGUUUAG